GUGGGCGAGAGUGACAGAGUGAAAUAAGGGGAGAAAAGAGGAGUGAUAAGAGCACAGGUGGAGCAUCCUCCCCCCCGUGAGUCAGUUCCAGAUGGGUCGUGAGUCUGACUCACUCAUGGGCUUUUAGGGGAUUAUGUGUGCAGCAUUAAGAAAUACAAUGAAAAUCGAAACAAAAAUGGUUCCCUGACAGAAGUUUAUGUAUAUCACCAACAUGUCCAGAUGGCUCCGAGGUGCAGUUUGGGCAGCAGGGACGUGUGUGGUUUGGUGUCCAGUGUGUGUGUGCCUGAGUGGGGGAGGAGCGUGGUGGGUGUGCGCAUGUGCCGUCGGCCUUAUAACCGUCACUUUGGGCUCAGGAUACACCACAUGGACCAUUUUCAACAAUUUUUUGAGAGAGGGUCCCACCUCAUACCCACUCCUUGCAAAAUGCUUUAGCAUAGUGGAGCGUAUUGUCGAGAAGGGACAUGGCAUCAGUCCAGAUGUUCCAGAGAAAGGUAUACAGUCCAGCCCCUCUCACACCCUCAGAGGGGCUGGCGUGCUGCAGAUCACAGGCUCCGGAGAACUGGUCAUCCAAGAGCUGGAGAUCACAGCUGCAUCCCUGCAUUCUGUUCUGGUCCAUCCCUGGUACUCUCAUGUCUCACCAGAUAACCACUUCUCAUACCAGAUAAAAGAUAUCCUGGAAGAUAUCCUGAUCAGUAUGUGCCAGCGGAUAAAACAGUCUGGCAAUGUGACUGCCGUGGCUUCAGGCAUCAUACAGGUCUACAUUCAGCACUAUCGGCAGUACCAGCGAGCACUAAGAAAGAUCUCCAAGAAACACAAAGAUUCAGAGCCUCUGAGCAGUGCAGGAAUGCAGGAGGUCCAUGCAAAAUACAAGCCCCUGCAUCCUGCCCUCAAGAGUCCCGAAACCCUUCGAACCUACUACCGCAAGUUGGCACAAAUUCUCCUACAGCAUUACUUACCAGUAGAAAUGAUACGCUGCAACCUCAUCUUGGUCUCCCUGCGAGAUCUCUUUGCUCAAAAUGUCUUACAGGCCUUUGUAGACCUGCUUUGUGAUACUCAGUGGCUUAACACAGUGCUAGCAGAAAUACUCUCAGAAGUCUCAGAUGGUGCAACAGGCGUUGGGGGGGCCGGGGGAAUGGGUGGACAGAGCACAGGGCAAGAAGCAUCAAGUGAGGUAUCAGAUGUGUCAAAAGUUUUGCAGCAGGCUUCUAACAGUGAGAAGUUGCAGGCACACACAAGCUUGCUAGAGGCAAUUGAAGAGGAGACUCUGUCAGAGCUACAGCAGCUGGAUCCUGCUGUUGCCCUCCAGAGUGAUGCUCAGCAAAGCCGAGAAGCAAGCUCCCCUAAGAGUGAAGAUGGCAGUGAAGCUAAGUCAGCUGAAAGUGAAAAAUUUGAGAAUGCAGAGGCUCUUGUCCAGUAUGUGAGAAGCUCAAGCUUAGAGAAAGAGAGCAAAGAGGAUGAAGACUAUAGAACUGUGUCAUCAGCCCUAGGGACACUCUUAUCCACUACAGCAGGCCCACUUCUGCCUGACAACUCUGCCAUGCAGUACCAGCCCUUGGUGACCAAGAUGUGGGAGAGCCCUGUGGAUGAUAAGUGCUUUGUAGACAUGUCAUCUCUCAGAAGGAAGAAGAACCCCUUUUCUCGUAAUGUUGUUAAAGGGUUAAAAAGGGGGAGUAAACUGUUGUACUAUCCUCCAAAAGGAGAGAAAAAAUCUUCAGCAGGUAUGAAAAGCCCUAGUAAAGAUAAAGAAAGAAAUACUGUGCCAAAAGUAGAGGACCUUAGCAAUGGGAAAAUUGAGAUCAGGCUCAAUGACAGUGAUUUGCAGGAGGGAAAAGACUUAAACUUUUGUCCCACACCGACAUUGGGAAAUCCCAGUAAAAAAGUUUUGGAAGCCUCAUAA